UCCAAAUAUUUAUAAUUCUUUUGUGUUAAAACGAAGAAAAAAAAUAGUGAUUAUUAAUAAUAAUUUAAGUUGUCUACACAGCAGAGCAGCAGAGGAGCAGCGGCGCGGCGCGACGCUCAACUUGAGAAUUGCCAAAAUAUUUGCCAUUUCCAUUUUUUGUGGAAUUUGCCAGAAUUAAGUUUAUUCAUCAUAAUUUCUGGUAAAUAAGAAAGAUAUUGACAUUGUAUUAUUAAUUUUGUGUUUCGUGUGGCUUUGAGAGCUAUUGGAGCUCUUAGUAACCCGAGCAACGCCACGGACCAACAGCGUUAAGGAUACAAAGAUUUUGUUACAUAAAAUGACAGAAAAUCAAUUGUUUCCCAUGUCGGCAGAUCUUUUCGACAGUUCCUCAAAUAGCAGCAACCCAUUGAAAUACGAUUUGUAUGCUUCACUGGGUUUAAGUAAUAGCAACAGUUCAAGUGCAAUCUUUGGCACUUCAUUGCACACGUUUAGUCCACCACUGCAAAUAUCUGUAAAUACUUCUAACUCAAACGUUAUUACUGGAAAUAACUUACAAAAUAGUAAUAGUAAUAAUAUCCACAAUGUUGUUGGCAGUAUUGGUAGUAGUAAUGUUAUGUUGACAAAUGCUAUAACAAUACCGCGUAGUAACAAUCCAAAUCAAAGCCAUAAUCCUUACAGAGACGACGCACAUCAUCAUCCAAGUCCAAGUCCUUUACACCAUCAAAUGAUGUCUUCACACCAAAAUCAACAACAAAACCAGCAGACCACACGUCUGCUGGCCGAUCUUUCCGACUAUGCACUGGAUGCUUUGGAUGCCUCUUCCUUAUCGCCAACACUUUUACAAGAUGUUAGUUUAAGUGCUGCGUCUCCUUUGAAUUCAUCUUUGCAUAGUAUUACGCCUAAUAGCAAUGUAUCAACAGGUUUCUAUGCGCAGGACGCUUCACCUGUUAGUCACAGUGGCAACAAUAGCGCUGUGGGUAGUAUAAACGCUGACAAUACUACAUUGCUAUCAUUGAAUACCAGCGGUAACGGUGCUGAUGAUGUAAAUAACUCUUUAAUAUUUGAAGUUGCUCCAAAUUCCAAUACAAUGUGGAGUGAUAUUGGUAGCGCUAUUAUUACAACAAAAAAUGAACCAUUCAACAUUGAAGAUGAUUAUAUUUUCUCUAUUGAAAAAACUGAAAUACAAUCUGCAGAUUUUUCCGAUAUAAAUGAUGAUCAAUUUCUCGAAGUGAUUGGCAAUUUCGAAGAUCUUUUGCCAGCUGCCACAACUGUAGAUGGUUACUUUCAAAUUAAUAAUAAUGUACAGCAAUUAAAUAGUCCAGAAGCUUCACCUGGCGGACCGCCAUUAGAACUUUUGCAACAACAUUUGCAACAUCAACAACAAUUAACUCAAUUGCAUUCACAACAGCAACAUCAACAACAACAUCAGCAGCAACAACAGAACCAACAUUUACAACACAGCAACAGUGCUGGUGGUGCCGUUCAUCAACAUUCACAGCAUAAUCACAAUAGUUCCUCUAGUCCAUACGAUAUCUAUCAUAGUACACCAAAUAAGCAGAACCAAUUGAAUACUUCUUCAAAUAUAUUUUCACCAGGCAGCCAAUCUUCGAAUUCACCACUACAAAUUAGUUCUAUAACUCCACCGCCACCACAUGCCAAUCGUUCACAGUAUCAACAACAUCUGGUAAAAUCGCACAAUAUGCAAGAACUGAUUAAAAAGAGCUUUGCUUUGUCGCCAGAUAGUAGCGCGGCAUUGCUGGGUCAAUCGGUGCCAAGUUCCCAUAUGUUACUUUCUGGAAAUGCAUUAAGCCCAAGCAGUGGCAGUAGUGGUUUUGGUAGCUCUACAGGCGGCAGUACUGGUGUUAGUGUACGAAAAUCAUUUGCUUACCAAAAUGAUGCAUCCAUAUCGCGUUUAUCAUCUUCGGCUCCCACUCAUCUUGGAUUUGAUCAUAUUUGGACGCGACGUGAACCAAGGCAGCAUUUACUCUCAACUGGUUCUCUAGCCGAAACAGAAUCUUAUUCUUCAUUAAGCACUGGCAGUGUGCUGUCCCCUGAGGGUAUCGAUUUCUCACAAGAUGAUGAUGAUGACGGUUCAACAGAUUACAAUAGCGAUCACUACGAUGACUUUUCUAGUGACAAUGGUUCAGAUAACGAAGAUGACGCACGCACUACUACCUCAGGUCAAUUAUCUUCAAGCAAAGGCAAAGAACGUUAUUUCUGGCAAUAUAAUGUACAAGCAAAAGGACCAAAAGGCAAACGACUUGUAUUUCAAUCGAAACUGGAAGAUCCGCAUGUGCUAAAUGAAGUCACAGAUCCUGUCUUCAGUCCAAAUUGCACUGUGCGCGGUAUUAAGGUAUUUAAACACAGCGGUAAAGCACGUAAAGGAGAUGGCAAUGACUUAACACCAAAUCCACGUAAAUUACACAGCAUUGGAAAAGAAUUAGAUAAGCUCAGUCGUACAAUCAAUGAUAUGACACCAGUUUCUGAAUUGCCAUUUAACGUACGCCCAAAGUCACGCAAGGAGAAGAAUAAACUCGCUUCUCGUGCUUGCCGUCUUAAGAAGAAAGCACAACAUGAAGCAAAUAAAAUUAAACUUUUUGGACUGGAAAUUGAACACAAGAGACUACUGAAAGGUAUAUCAGAUAUGAAACAAGCACUUGCAAUUAAAUAUCGUAAUCAAAACGUUGGCGAAUCAAACGAAGAGAUGGAUCAGCAAAUUGAAAGAAUAUAUAAGAUAGCUACAACUGGCUUAUGUAUUGCUGGUGGUACGACAGAUUUUGUAAAUAAAGUUUUGGAUAAUGUUAAGAGCGGUGUUUCCACUGGUGGACUUGAGGAGUUACGAAAUUCAUAGGGAUGAUUAAGAGUGCCAGCAACAACUGCGGCCAUGGAGAAAGUUAAAGAAGAAGAUGAUGAAUAAUGUUGGAAAAUUGUCAAAGAAUAUGUAACGAAAAAAAAACAAAACAAAAAUACUAAAGAUGAAUUGUGAUGGCUUCAUUGAACCUAAAUGAAAAGAAAGAGGCAAAGUACAGAUUUAAGU